AGCAAACAAAUCCAAUUCCAAGUUUUUAUUUAAUUUCCAAGAUUCAAAUAUAUUAAAUAAUUAUUUAAUAAAGCUAAGAUUAACAAAAUGGCAGAUUUAAAAAUAAAGCUAGAAUUCGGAGGAGGUGCCGAGUUACUGUUUGACAAAAUAAAGAAGCGGGAGAUAGAAUUGCCGGCGGUUAAGAAGUACUUCCCGGACUGUGAGCAUGACACAUGGACGAUAAAAGAGCUGCUGGUGUGGCUGAAGGAUAAUCUGUUAAGGGAAAGGCCAGAGUUGUUUCUACAGGAUGAUUCAGUCCGGCCCGGUAUCCUAGUUCUGAUCAACGACGCAGACUGGGAGUUGUAUGGCGAACUCAACUACCAAAUACAGCAGAAUGACUCCAUCAUGUUCAUAUCUACGCUGCACGGGGGCUAGUAAAUAAGAUUAAAAUUUU